GUUCCUGCUUGUUGAGUUGGGGCUCCCAUUUCCUCGGACCUCGAUGGAAUUGACGACAGUUCGCUCGUCACUCUGCCCCGAGUCGACAGCUCAAAAAAAACAUGGACAAAUAAGUUUUCAGUUUUUGUUAAUCGUUUUACUGUGUACGACACUUCUGAUAGACAUCAGAAUUUAAAAAACAGACUAGUAUAUAUUAGACAUAGCUUCGUCUAAUUGUAAACAUUGCACCUGCCUGAAAUGGGCAAGUUUUCGAUACCUUCACUAACUAAGCGUCAGUGGGCGACGGCUUUCGUGAUUGCUUUUGCCGAUUUUUGUUCUGCUGUGUGUAUCAGUUUGCAAGCUCCCUUCUACCCGGCUGAGGCUGAAAGGAAAGGAGCAACUGCGUCUCAGUAUGGUUUCGUAUUCGGGUGCUACGAGCUGACUGUUUUCUUGACGAGUCCAUUAUUUGGCAAAUACUUGGCCAAGUUAAUACCCAAAUUUAUGCUCAAUGGAGGUCUGGUUGUCACUGGCGUCUGUUCAAUUUUGUUUGGCGUUCUCGACAAAAUUGACGACACAACGGCCUUUAUUGGCCUCUCGUUCGCCGUUCGUGUAAUCGAAGCUUUAGGUAGCGCUGCAUUUUUGACCGCUGCAUUUGCAAUUAUUGCAGCCGAAUUUCCGUCAUCGAUUGCAACGACCUUCGCAUGUCUGGAAACGUUCUUCGGAUUGGGAUUGAUCGUCGGCCCAACUUUGGGAGGAUUUCUUUUUCAAAUGGGAGGCUACAUGUUGCCUUUCACGGUUCUUGGCGUCCUACUCAUCGCGGCUGCUUUCUUCACCUAUGCUCUUUUACCUGCAGCCGAACAUUGUGAUUCGCCACAAUCAGGAGGAUUAUUUCGUAUUCUCCGCAUCCCGUCAAUACUCUUGGCGUCAUUUAGCGUUUUUGCCGCCUCAACAUCAGUAGGAUUUCUUUCGGCUACCUUGGAACCUCAUCUUCGCCAGUUUGAUCUUAUGCCAGUUUCCAUGGGUCUCAUGUUCGUGAUUGAAGGAGGAAUUUAUGCGAUUACCGCUCCUGUCUGGGGCUACUUGUGUGAUCGUAAAGUGCAGCCAAAGAUUGUCACUUUAAUUGGUUCAAUUUUUAUCGUCGUUGGUUUCCUUUUAAUUGGACCCGCACCUUUCUUGCCACUCGACACAACUUUGAAUCUAGCCAUCACAGGUUUGGUCAUUAUGGGUUUUGGUGUUGGAGCGGAACUUGUUUCCGGUUUCAUUUCUGCCCUACAAGAAGCGACAUUCCAUGGGUUUCCUAACAAUUUGUCCACUUAUGGAUUAGUUUCCGGACUCUGGACAUCCACAUUUGCUCUUGGAGCCUUUGUCGGCCCGUCACUUGCGGGGAUUUUGUUUGACCAAGUCGGCUUUCGCUAUUCUACGCUGUUUGUGAUUACGACAAAUGCCCUAUUGGGUAUUUUGGUGCUGUUCUUUCUUUGUUGUCAGAGACGGCUGUCGCCAGGAAUUCUUGCCGUUCCUGAACAAUAUCAAGCAGCUAAUUACAGCACUCUUGCUGGUGAAGAUUACGGGCCAGAAGAUGAGAGAAGUAAUGCGAGGGCGAAGCGAGAAAGUAUGGUAUCUAGUUUAAAAGAUGGAAUGGCGAAUCCUGAAUGGAUGACAUCUGAGCAAUCCAUUUAAAUACAUAUUUUAUUUAAAAAGUUGAAUCAUAUUUGUUUAUUUUGGUUGGAUUGGCAUUGAAACGUGAAAUAUAAACACUCUGGCAUUGCGAGA